AUGAGUGAUUUUUUUAUGCCUAAUAGAAGUGAGAUAUCUUAAUAAAAUUAUAGUGGAUUGGGAAGUCUGCAAGAUAUGUAUACUACUAUUAAUUAUUCACAAAGUUUAUCCACUAACUUUGGUAGAAUACAAUAAGACAAUUAAAGUUUUGGAGGAAGUCUUAUUCACAAUUAUGGAUUUCUGGGUCAACCUGAAUAAUAUUGUUGUUCAUUUGGCUUGGAAGAAGGUGUUACACCUAUUUAAAUCUAUGAAUUCUAUGAACCUUAAAUAUAGAUGCCAUUCUUUUUUAAGAGUAGUUAAGAUAUUGAAAUGAAAUAUGAAGAAAUUGGAGUUGAUAAUUUGAAUCUAUAAGUAAAUUUACUUUAAGAUUCAAAAGAAUACAAAAAUCCAUUAUAAGAUAAUUAAAUUAGAAAUAGUGAACCAUUUUCUAAGGAAUACAAUAAUAAAAUAAGUAUAUUAUAUUAAUUUGAUUAUCUUAUUUAGAAUUUGGAAAAUUAAUCAAUUCUUAAUUCAAGUCAGAAAUAAAAUAAGAUGCUAAUCAAAAUAAGGUAUUAGAAAACAAAAAUCAUUUUAAUGUUAAUUAAACUAAAUGUUUUUAUACAAAUAAAAUAACACAAUUAAUUCAAGAACAGAAAUAAAUGGAUUUUGAAAUGAAUACAUUUCCAAAAUUAUCGUAAAAAUUAAGAAAUUCUAUUCAAUUAGGAAAAAUAAAUAAAAAUAGUAGAGAAAAUUAUCAAAAAUUUCUAGAUAUCAAUAUGAUGUCUCAUCUAAUGAAAUAUAAUCUAUUCAAUUGACUA